AUGGCUUGCCUGCACGAGACCCGCACACCUUCCCCCUCCUUUGGCAGUUUCAACACUAUCUUGACGGAGAAUUCCUUCCGGAAAUUGGAUCCAGAUGCCUCGGACUGCACCCCUGAGAAGGACUUGACGCCCACACAGUGUGUGUUGCGAGACGUCUUGCCCAUAGAUGGGAGUGGAGGUGGAGGCGGUGGACACAGUCCUACCCCCAGUGAGGAGACCCAUGAACAGUUUGCCAACAGCGUGCUGCAGCUUCACGAGAAUGAAGCUGGUAGUGGGGGAGGCGGAGCUGGCGCAGGAGCUGGAGUUGGGAAUCCUGAAGUCCGGCCUACCCGCUACCAUGCUGACCAAGUACGGAUCCACUGCCAGACAGGGAGUGGCUUUCUGGAAGGGCUUUUUGGUUGCCUCAAACCUGUCUGGACCAUGAUUGGCAAAGCAUAUUCCACCGAACACAAACAGCAGCAGGAAGACCCGUGGGAGGUACCCUUUGAAGAGAUCAUGGACUUGCAAUGGGUAGGCAGUGGGGCGCAAGGUGCUGUCUUCCUGGGACGCUUCCAUGGGGAAGAAGUUGCAGUCAAGAAGGUGCGAGACCUCAAGGAGACAGAUAUCAAACAUUUGAGGAAACUCAAGCAUCCCAACAUCAUCACCUUCAAGGGUGUGUGCACCCAGGCUCCCUGUUACUGCAUCAUCAUGGAAUUCUGUGCCCAGGGCCAACUCUAUGAGGUGCUACGUGCUGGACGCAAAGUCACUCCCUCGCUGUUGGUGGACUGGUCCAUGGGCAUCGCUGGUGGCAUGAACUACCUGCACCUCCAUAAGAUCAUCCACCGAGACCUCAAGUCACCCAACAUGCUGAUCACGUAUGAUGAUGUGGUGAAGAUCUCCGACUUUGGCACCUCCAAAGAGCUCAGUGACAAGAGCACCAAGAUGUCUUUUGCUGGCACUGUGGCCUGGAUGGCCCCUGAAGUGAUUCGGAAUGAGCCUGUUUCUGAGAAGGUUGACAUCUGGUCAUUUGGGGUCGUUCUCUGGGAGUUGCUGACUGGAGAGAUUCCUUACAAGGAUGUGGACUCCUCAGCCAUCAUCUGGGGAGUGGGCAGUAAUAGCCUCCACCUACCUGUGCCUACCAGUUGCCCAGAUGGCUUCAAGAUCCUGCUGAGGCAGUGCUGGAAUAGCAAACCUCGGAAUCGCCCAUCCUUCCGUCAGAUCCUACUGCACCUUGACAUCGCCUCUGCUGAUGUGCUGUCCACACCGCAAGAAACCUACUUCAAAUCCCAGGCUGAAUGGCGAGAAGAAGUGAAGCUCCAUUUCGAAAAGAUCAAAUCGGAGGGGACAUGUCUACACCGUCUGGAAGAGGAGUUGAUUCACCGGAGGCGAGAAGAGCUCAGGCACGCCUUGGACAUCCGAGAGCACUACGAACGUAAACUGGAACGGGCCAACAACCUUUAUAUGGAGCUCAAUUCCCUCAUGCUACAGUUGGAGCUGAAGGAGAAAGAGCUGCUUCGGCGAGAGCAAACGUUAGAGAAGAAAUAUCCCGGGCUUUUUAAACACCAUCCAUCCCGCAGUCUCCUGCAUGGCAACACAGUGGAGAAACUGAUCAAGAAGAGGAAUGUGCCACAAAAGCUCUCUCCUCACAGCAAAAGGCCAGACAUUCUAAAGACAGAGGUCAUCCUGGACCCCAGCCUGCCUCAGCUUGCCAUCCCUGUGUGCCAGAAAGGGCCCCCGUCCCCUGGGCGUAGCCGCCGUGCUAAGUCACGCUAUCGCAAGGUCAGCACUCGGGGAAGCUGUGGGGAACUGGCUGAUCCCGGAGGAGCCAAGCGCCUGGAGCCCUGCACGGCCCUCCGCGGGCUCCAGCAUGACCUGCUGCUGCGCAAGAUGUCGUCUUCCAGUCCUGACCUCAUUUCCACGACAUUGGGAGCGGAGGGCCGCAAGGGGGCAGCGGGGCCGGAAUCCCCACCAACGGAGCAGCCCCGCAGCGAGACGCCCAGUGAAGACACUGCCUCGGUGCCUUGCUCCAGCAGCCCCGACUCGCCCUCUUCUCGACAGGGGGCAGUGGGGCCACCAGGGAAGGCAAGGCUGCAGCCCGGAGAAGAGGCGGAACGGGAACAGGGCAAAGGCAGCCGCUCAGGGGCCCCACAGCAGUCUCAGCACCUCACACCAGCGGCUAUGUUGUACCGGGCAGCUGUUACCCGCAGCCAGAAACGUGGUAUCUCCUCAGAGGAAGAAGAGGGCGAAGUGGACAGUGAAGUUGAGCUCCCUCUCCGGCAAAGGUGGCCUCAGGCUAGGAGCAAACGGCAAUCUCUUUCCACCUUCAGCUCUGAGAACUUCUCAGAUGGGGACGGUGAGGAGGGCACCGGCAGUGAGGGCACCACAGCUUCCCACAGUGGCGGCACCCCUGAUGUGCCCAGUACCAAUACAGAUGAACGCCUGGAUGCUGAGCGCUCAGAUGACGACAUUCUGGGGAACUCUGAUGGGUUGUCCGAAAAGGAAGCAGCCAUUCAGCUUGUGAAACGGCAGCUCAGUGCUGAGCAGAAUGCUGGAGAGGAUCCUGCCGCCUAUGAAGACUCGGAUUGUGAUAGUGCCGAACUGGACAAUUCAGGCAGUGGGGAGGUGCAGAGACUUCCAGACAUACCGAAUUUGUGA